AUGGAAUUGGGAGUUUACUACGGCAUGGUAAUGAGCAAUUUGAUGCUUGUGCUAACUGCGUUCAUGGUCUCUGCUACUUACCUCUUCAUGAGGAGGAUGAGAGGCAAGAUGAGGCUGCCACCUGGGCCAGGCUUGGCCCUCCCGCUGGUGGGCCACCUUCACCUGCUCCGCGAGAAGCCGCUCCACCUCAUGCUGGCCGGCCUCGCCGCGCGCCACGGCCCCGUCCUCUCCCUCCGCCUCGGCCGCCGCGCCGCCGUCAUUGUCACCUCGCUGCGGCUCGCCAAGGAGUGCUUCUCCUCCGAGCUGGACGUCAACUUCGCCAACCGUCCGCGGUUCCCCUCCGCGCGGGAGGUCUCGUUCGGCUACACGGGGCUGUCAGCCGCGAGCUACGGCCCGCACUGGCGCGCCAUGCGCCGCAUCGCCACCGUGCACCUCCUCUCGGCGCGCCGCGUCGACCUCAUGUCCGACGCCGCCAUCGCCGGCGAGAUCCGUGCCAUGGUGCGACGUCUUGCGCGCGCUGCCGCUGGUGGAGUUGCCAGGGUCGAGCUGAAGCGGAAUCUGUUCGAGCUCUCGCACGGCGUCCUCAUGGAGGCCAUCGCUGGAGCCAAGGGCAAGCGCGGUGCCGGCUCCGACGCCGACAUGUCCGAGGAGGCGCACGAGUUCAAGAAAGUGGUGGAUGAGAUCGUGCCGCUGCUCGGCAUGGCGAACCUGCACGACCACCUGCCGGCACUGCUGCGCUGGCUGGACUUGGGUGGCGUACGCCGGAGGCUCACCCAGCUGGUGAACCGGAGGAACGCGCUGAUGCACGGUCUGAUCGAUGCAGAGAGGGAACGGCGGCGGCAGGAGGAGCUGCUGCCGGAGUCGAAGAGCAUGAUCGGCGUGAUGCUCUCGUUGCAGGAGUCCGAUCCGCAGCAGUACACAGACACUUUCAUCGCCGCUUUAGUCACCAACCUCUUCGGCGGCGGCACGGUGACCACGUCGGCGACCAUGGAAUGGGCCAUGUCGCUGCUGCUCAACCACCCGGCGCGCUGCGGAAGGCGGGAGAGGAGGUGA